CAUCAAACCUGGAGAACUGCCAACUCCCAUCAACGCAACGACCUUUUGGGGUAUCGCUCAACACUCGCAGCAUCUCGACCAAUCUCCUCCAGUAUCGGUUGCCGAACGUAAAAAAUAUACCCUCGCGGGAUCUCCGCGUUGCUCAGUCGUCCACCUUGAACCUUGGCAAACGUUGCGGGAAAGAAAUUCAGCCGCCGCCAUGUCCGAGGCCGAAUCGCCUGCUGGCUCGCCAGCAAACGAGCCUGUCGAUGACGGUAGGGAGAAGGAAUUUGAGGACGAGGUUGCCGCUGCAGACUCGGACCGCGACUCGGAUCUCCUGUCCGAGGUGGACGAGGACCAGUUUGAAGACUACGACCCUGAGACCGCCAACAUCGAAGACCGACCGGUGGACAUCGACGAGGAUGCGGCGCGCACCCUGAAGGCGAGCAAGCGGAAGAGAGCGGAGGGCGAGACGGUGAGGAAACCCCGAGAAGGGCGACGGGAAAAGAGACGAGACCGGGACGACGAUAUCCCCAUGGACAAUGAAGCAGAGGCGGACGGAGAAGUACCGCAGCGGCGAUCGAGACGAACCGGAGAAGGUGAGAGGCGACGUCCGAAGAAGGAUAAGAGCCCUGACGAGGGUCCCAACGAGGAGGACCUCAGCCCGGAGCAGAGGAGGGCGCUUGCUAUUGAGCGAGCCCUGGAUGCCGCCAUCAAGAAGCCGGCAGCCUCCAAGAGGAAGCGCAAGGACGAGAUUGACCUCGAGGAUGAAAUCGACGAAACACUGGCGGAGCUGAAGACGCGGAUGGACAGGGCCUGCGUCGACGACAACGCGGCUCGCGGGGCAGGCCAACCCGCGCUGCACAAGCUGAAGCUGCUGCCCGAAGUCGUCGGGCUCCUGAACCGCAACAACGUUCAGCACGCAGUGUUGGAUCCCGACACCAACUUCUUGCAGCAUGUCAAGUUCUUCCUGGAGCCGCUCAACGACGGCUCCCUGCCGGCAUACAACAUCCAGCGCGACAUUUUCUCGGCGCUCACCAAGCUUAGUAUCGAGAAGGAGGCGCUCAUGAGCAGCGGCAUCGGCAAGGUGGUGCUUUUCUACACACGGAGCAAGAAGCCGGAGCCCAGUAUCAAGCGCAUGGCAGAGCGCUUGCUGGGCGAGUGGAGCCGGCCGAUCCUGAAGCGGACGGACGACUACAAGAAGAGGCACAUUGAGACGCGCGAGUUUGACUAUCAUGCUGCCAAGGUGGCCCAGCGUCAAAAGGCCGGCUCGCAGUUUAGUCUCACGCAACGCCCGGCGCAGACAGCGCGGGAUGCGUUUCUGGCGCCGGCGCGCGCCGACAACCAAGCGCGGAUGGGCCAUCUGCCGCAGAGCUACACCAUCGCGCCCAAGAGCACGUUUGACGGGACACGGGGCCAGGACCACCGGCCGCUGGGAGCCAGCGGCAUGGAGGCGUUUAGGCGCAUGACGCAGAAGAAGAAGCGGGCCUAGCUGAGGCGGGCGAUGAAGAUCGUAACAAUGGGGGUGGUCUACCGUGGAGUGCUUUGGCGUUUGGGGAGGAUCAGCUACGGUGACGGGUCAGUACAUAUUCGCACAUGUAUGUUAGCAAUGCCGGGGCUUUGUGCGACCUGAUUCGAGAGGACCGUCGGCUGCCUGCACGAGCGGGCCGAGGCGAGGGGACGGACGCGAGUGACGAGUGAAACGAAGCGUCUCCGAGGCAUCGUGCUCACGGCGUCCCGUGGUCGGCGGCGAAGGCCAUGUGACGAGACCAGACGUCCACAUGCCUCGGAAUGGGGACUGCCGCUACCAAGUCAGGACAUGAGGUGAGGUGAAGGAUCUGCGUGGCUGGUGGCACGACUGAGCCCUUGACUGGAGUCGGGCGUUUGUACACUGGCCAUGGAUGCCCUAGUAAGGCUAGAAAACUAAAGUGGCUCACAACUAAGCAGUCAACAAAAGCGAUGACGGGUCUGUGAAUGGCUGCGAUACUCUGGGUAACAAAGAUGGGAUUCAUGCGAGUCUGGGGAUACUGGCAUGGGGGACUGAUGGGAGUUAAUGGCACUGACGUCAGCGG